AUGCUACUUACUAAGAUGACAAUUGAUUCAAUCGUGUCUGAGUUCCAUCCAAAACCAUUACUUGUACCGGUAGGAGGGUUCUUUGGACUGAAAAAAGGACCAUUGAAGUUAUCUGGACCAGGGGCUCAUUCAGGUUGUUCAACAGAACAUGAAGUUGGUGCAAUCCCCCGAUGGCAGAAAGUGGCUGUAUGGAGAAGUUCAUGGCAAAUUUUUGAAGUCCGUUUAUUAUUGGAUUUUUUCUCUGAUCUCCAUCUUUAGUCGUUGGUUUCACCAUAUCUGCAAGCAAUUAAAUAUAAUAGGUAAAUCAUCUCAAAACAUUUUUACUUUUUGGGUUCUUUUCUAGGGUAAAAUACACUAAAUAACAACAUACUUUCAAUGAUUUGUUUGUCAUAUGAAGACCCUUUCUGUAUA